UGGACAGAAUCCGGGAUAUGAGCUACACCGAAUCGUUGUGGGAGAUUAAUGGAAAUCAAACACCAGUGAUUACAGCGGAUAUGUCGCAAUACGUCAGCGGCGAACUUGGAAGCUAUCCGAUGUGGGACAGUUCUGUUUUAUACCAAGCACCACCUCCAUCACAUUCUCACGUAAACGAACAUGGAUUAUAUAGACAACCUUGUGCAUUAUUACAUCAAAGUCGUUAUACACCUAAUGGUAGAUCUCCGAAUCUUCCAUCAUCUACUACAAAGAAACCAAGACGUCGUGUAGCAACUGUUUCACAAAGAAGAGCAGCCAAUAUCCGUGAAAGGCGAAGAAUGUUUAAUUUGAAUGAAGCCUUUGAUAAAUUACGUAGAAAAGUACCAACUUUCGCUUAUGAAAAACGGCUCUCGAGAAUUGAAACUCUGCGUCUGGCUAUUACAUAUAUUGCAUUCAUGGGAGAGUUACUUGGAAUCGAAUCGAAUAGUCCAAAACCAGAAUAUAUUCCAAGGGAAUAUUAUUUGCCGAAUUAAAAUUGAAAAAUGUUCAAAUGAAAACAAAAACAAACUUUUAAAAAUUAAUUAUUUAUAUGUAAAUUAUUUUAUGAUGUUAGUACUUUGA